AUGGCUGCUUUUGGACACACAUUCCCCUUCUAUCCUGGCCCCAAGCCAACCUUCCCAAUGGACACCACCUUGGCCAUCAUCAUCACCAUCUUUCUUACUGCACUUGUCACUUUCAUCAUCAUCCUGCCUGGCAUUCGGGGCAAAAUGAGGCUGUUCUGGCUGUUCCGGGUGGUGACCAGCUUGUUCAUCGGGGCUGUGCUCCUGGCUGUGAAUUUCAGUUCUGAGUGGUCUGUGGGCCAGGUCAGCACCAACACAUCCUACAAGGCCUUCAGUUCCCAGUGGAUCAGCGCUGAGGUGGGGCUCCAUGUUGGGCUGGGAGGCGUCAACAUCACCCUCACAGGGACCCCAGUGCAGCAGCUGAAUGAGACUAUCAAUUACAACGAGGAGUUCACCUGGCGCCUAGGGGCGAGCUAUGCUGAGGAGUAUGCAAGAGCGCUGGAGAAGGGACUGCCGGACCCUGUGCUCUACCUGGCUGAGAAGUUCACCCCGACCAGCCCAUGUGGCCUGCAUGGCCAGUACCGCCUGGCGGGACACUACACCUCGGCCAUUCUGUGGGUAGCAUUCCUCUGCUGGCUGCUGGCCAACGUGAUGCUGUCCAUACCUGUGCUGGUCUAUGGUUGCCACAUGCUGCUUGCCACGGGCAUCUUCCAGCUGUUGGGACUGAUCUUCUUCUCCAUGGCCACGCCGCUCAUCCCACCCUGUCCUCUGCGCAUGGGUACUGCUGUGCUGCACUUCCACCGUGGACCUGCCUUCUGGAUCACGCUGGCCACAGGAUUGCUUUGUGUGCUGCUGGGCCUGGCCAUGGUGGUAGCCCACAGGAUGAAGCCCCACAGACUGAAGGCUUUCUUCAAUCAGAGUGCAGGGGAGAACCCUGGCCUGGAGUGGAGUCCUGAAGAAGGGGGACUCCUGAGCCACCGCUAUCGGUCCACCGCUGAGAGUCCUGAGCCCCAGGACAUUCCUCUGUCAGAGGCUUCCCCCCAGGCAUGCUAUAUGGAGGAGCCACCCAGAAUGCCCGACCCUGCCCUAUGA